CUCUUUUGUUACGCGAGACUGACUCAUCGCGUGCUGCCCGCCUAUCCAGCUGUUGCAUUUCAUCCUCUCUCUGUUUCUGCGUUCUCUCCUGCCGCAGAUUCCUGGAAGCAGACGUCAAUACUUGGUCUGUGCUCUGCCGCACCUCAUCCACCCCGUACAGUCAAGUACUCUACAGUUCCACAUUACGCAUACUCGCGGCAAACCGUUUCUAUGCGGCUCUACGGUGCAUGAUUAAACAGUAAAUCCUCUACGGAUUCUCCAUUCCCUCUAUUCUCUUCGUCCAACGGGGCGCAUGUCUUCUGACAAUGAACGCCCAGCUCCUCAGCAUAAAUCAUCUACCUCGAGUUUCGCCGACGUCUUCAAGACACUAGCUACAGGCCGUCAAAAAUCGCUCUCGCCCGUAUCACAGCAGCCCGACGGAAGUGAACUUCAACCACAUGGGAUCGAUAGUCGACGAGGUAGCCGAGUCACAUUCGGGUUUGAGUCAAUGCAUCGUGGUAGCAUCAUCUCCAAUAACUCGGACCCUCCGAGUGCUCCCGACUUCGAGGUCUCACUGAGAAAUCUGGAGCAGAGGCAGAAUCCCACACUAGCUAUUGAUGAAGCUGAAAAUGUUGCUCGCUCGCUGCAAUGGUUCACUCCCGAACAGUCAAUUGCUUUGUGGGAGGCCGCCUCGUAUCUCAUCCAUAAUGACGUCUCACCGGAGGCUAGAAAGAGUGGUUCAAGAUUGUUGGAAGCAGUUGCAAAUCGCCUUGAUCUAUCACCAGCCGGUAGACAGGCUCUUUUCGAAUCUAUCGCGCGGGAAUCGGCUCCCGAUGUCAUUCCUGCUCGUAUAAAUGCUUUGACAGCGUUAUCUGAUCAUGGAAGGAAACUUGAUUUCGCUACUUGCUCCGUAUUACCGGUCGUGUCAUCCUGCAUUGUUCCGCUGUACGAUCAUGUCGCGUCAGCUCGGGCGAAGGCCAGAAAAGGCAAGACUCCACGUUCUAACGGACUCGAACAAGAUGAGGCACAUUUCGGUGACCUGCUUCAUUUCGUCGUCGAUUUAAUCACGUUACAACGCAGUCCUCCGACCCCAGAAGAAAUAGAGGAGCUACUUGGAGCAGUUCUACUCGUCUGCAGGAGAACCAGUGUGGCCGCAGACAUCAAGAACUCCCUUGCUAUAUUUGACGCCGUCAUCCUCUAUUCUGGGGUACCUGAUGGAAGCUUCGUCCGAUUGCUCGAGGUCCUCUGCAGUAUCCAUGCUUCCGUGAAGUCUUUAUCUGGGCCGACAUCGAGAGCUGUACGAAAUCUUGCGAAAUCACCGCGACAGAAUGACAUGGUCCAGACCCUGUAUUCCUUUCUGAAGGAGGCCAUGAGUAACCAAAGCCGGAAUCUCAAUGUUAUCCGAGGAACAAUAUAUGUCUUUACCGAUCUGAUCCGCGCUUACGGUCAGGAAGGGAUGCCACAAAUAUCAUUUCCUGAGCUGGUAAACUCCCUGCAGGUUGCCGUCCAGAGAGAUGAAGGCCGUGUUGACGCGGACACCCUCGAACUCUGCUUGAGUAUGCUGGAAGGCGAAUUCAUCCAUGUUUCUUUGCAAGUGGAGAGUUGGUCUGACUUUAUCGAUCUCAUCAUCACAUGCUCCCGCAGAAUUAUCGAUAAGCCGGCUGAGACUUCUGAGAUAGAGUCUCCCGAUCGUCAUAUAUCACCAUCAAGAACUAGCACGCCAGAUGACGUACGCUCUAAUAUCCUAGCCAAUGUCGCGAGAAUAACGGCCGCGUUGGGAGGUAUGUGGGAGACUUUGAGCAGACAACAAAAGUUGGAUACCGGACGCCUGUUCGAAGAACUUCAUCAGCAUCUCGAACAGCCGCAAGCUAAUCUUCUCCUGGAUCUUAUGAAGACGGAACGACUCUGUUUUCCUGAGAAUCCGGACUGGCUGUCCCAUGCAAAGAACCUGAUACAAGGGUUCAUUCUACCUCGCGAUAAGGCGCCUGACGUCCGUCUCAACUCUCUUGAUAUAUUGAAAGCCGCCUUUUUGAACCAAGAUGGAUUUAACCUUUUCAAAUCUGAGGGUCUACUUGAAACUCUACUGCAGGACUUCUCCGGCGAGGACGACCUGCAAUAUCUAGACUCUCUGGUUUCAUUUCUCGUGGACCUUUCGGCUUUGAGUGAUAGUGAUACCUUCCAGCUCCUCGUGGAUACUCUCAGCUCUCCUAUGAGCAAAGAUCCAAAGAGAGAGAGCAUAUCUGCGCCCGUUCCACUAGAGCCUGGUUCUCGUCGUUCGUCCGCGGUUAACUUGGAGCCGUCUAUGUCGAAUGCGUGCACGGUUGGACUCGUUCGCAUUUUCCUGCGAAAUUUGCAUAAGUCGUCCUCCAGGACGUCUAUCUUGUUCGAAGCUCUUCUGGAAGUUGCCAGAUCACCUGGAAGGCCGACGGACUCCCGAUUAACAGCAUUGAAGCUGCUAUUCAGACUCCGCUGUGACUCCUCAGGAUCUGUUAUUGUUAUCUCGCCCUCCGAAAAUGAUUUCCUCGUUGCAGUCCUUUGUCGAACUGUCGAUGUCGGAUCGAAGGCUCAAAGCAUACUCGAUGACAGUUCAAGCGAGCGCAGUUCAAGGACUGAGGAGGCACUUGGCCAUGCAGCGAGGGUCUCGAUGAAGGAACAAUCCACGUCGGUUCUAUCCAAAUCGUCCAAGUUCCGUACUUUGAGGUGGACACCUCCCGCUUGGACCUAUGCAGGACCGAAAGGCCUUCCAGAGGAGCCUCCAACUUCUGCCAGCCCUUACGCCUAUGCCUUUCUAGCUCCCGACGAUUCCACUAUGUCGGAGGCGGAAGUUGAGCAAAAGACAGUUCUGAAAGUGAAUAUGUGGCUGGAGACCAUUAUUGCACUCUUGCAACGUGAAGCGGACUGGGACGUAUAUAGCUACAUCCUUGCUCACCUCGGACAACAAUUAAGCAAUAAAGAUUUCUUCAGCAAUGCCACGCCUCAGAUAAAGUUGCUGCGCAGCGUGCUCUGCGAUCACAUCAAAAAUGAGUCCUUCCACGAGCCGCCGAGCUGGACAGGAGUCAAAAAGGCCGAUGUUGCCGUGUGCAUUUUCGAUUCCUUGUCCAUACUAAUCAGCUAUCAUGAACAUUUUGCCAAGAGUGAGGAAGACGACCUCGUUCGGGCAUUCAUGAUGGGCAUUAUUGGCUCAUGGGAUGGAACGUCUCGCGGAUGUAUUCAUGCCCUAUCAGUGUGUUGUCAUGAAAUUCCUCUCUCUGUGACCAAGUCGCUGCAUGCUAUCCUUGACAAAAUGUCAAAAGUAAUCACGAUGUCUAAUAUCGCGGUCCACAUUCUGGAAUUCUUGGCGCUGCUUGCAAGGUUGCCCGACGUGUAUGUCAACCUUCGAGAGGAGGAGAUUCGCACAGUCUUCGGUAUCUGUGUUCGCUUCUUGCAGACAUCUAGAGAGCAGCGAUAUAAAGCAUCCGAGUCGCCAACCUCACGGAAUAAUUCGAUUUCGGGUCGACUCAGCGGUGGCUUGCGGGAGCUGGCCUCGGCGCAGUCGGAGACUACCGAUGUACCACGGCAGGACGAUGUCUCGCAAUAUGUCUACACGCUGACCUAUCACGUUAUGAUCUUCUGGUUUUUAUCUCUCAAGCUUCAGGACCGCUCAAAGCACGCUAAUUGGAUCACCAGUCGACUCAUCUUCAUGGAUGAAACGGGCAAAGAAGUUGUCGAGGAGCAAAGCCAGGUGUUUAUCGACUUAAUGCAGCGAGUAACAUAUUCCGACCUAGGAGAUACUGUUCCAUUCGAAACGUUCCCGCCGUCUCCAACAGAUGGCCCCGUAACGAAGAAAUCGUGGAUUGUGGGGAUGAGCAUUGUCACCAUUGAAACGGCAGGAGUGUCCGGUCUGACGCAAAUCACCAAGCGGCAAGCUUCAGGGACAACUUAUGCAGUCUAUCAGCAGCGAACUGCACCAGUGCUUCCACACCAGGUCCCUUCAACAUCCGAUUCUCACUUAACCGAUCCAUCAACGCGAACAGCCAUUUUGCCGAAUCAUGUUAUGCUACAGAUGACGACAACCGCUUUCCCGAUGCCGAGAGUCAUGCAACCAAUUCCACUUCCAGAUGAUGAUAUGACACGUCGAGCGAUAAAUUCUUUUGACCGCAAUGAUAUUGUCGAUGGUCACAAGAUUGGUGUGGUCUACAUUGACAAGAAUCAAACGACUGAAGCUGAGAUUCUUGCAAACUCUAGCGGUAGUCCCGAUUAUGAGCACUUCCUAUCAGGCCUGGGUACAAAAGUACAGCUGAGGGGUGCCCAGUUCAACCUUCAGGGUCUUCAUCCUGACAUUGAUGGAGAAUAUACAUAUGCAUGGCGCGACCGCGUCACAGAGAUCGUCUACCACGUUGCGACCAUGAUGCCAACUGAUCUCGAAGCUGAUCCCGCCUGCGUGAACAAAAAGCGACACAUCGGAAACGAUUUCGUCAACAUCAUCUUCAAUCGAUCAAACUUGCCCUUCGACUUUGAAACUAUACCAUCGCAGUUCAACUUCGUCAAUAUCGUCAUCAGCCCCGUUUCCCGUAUUGCGGACCAUGAUGCAAUUCAUGAGACGCCGGACUUUGACAAAUAUUUUUAUCUUGUGAGAGUGAUGUGUAAGCCUGGUUUCCCAGAAUUGACGCCUGCUGCAAUUCCCAAAGUCAUUUCGGGGAAGAACCUCGCUGCGUUUGUCCGAAUCCUCGCACUCAAUGCCUCGGUCUUCUCGCUUGUCUGGAAUCGAGAAGGCGGUGAACAUGUAUCCUCGUGGAAGAAUCGACUGCGUGAAAUCAAGAGACUUCGCGAACGUAUCUCUGCUCAACUAUUGCAAAAUGCAGAUAAUACUGAAGGGCCCUAUCCUGGGCAUCGCCGCAACACAAAGCCGAAUCUGUUCUCUGACGAGGUUCAGGACCGACCUAUUGUGCAAACAGAUGCUGCUACCGAUUGGAACAUCGCGGCGGAAAACAACACCUUUCAAAACUUGGACUUCUCUCGUUGGAGUCGUUGAAACGACCCGCGGGAUCAUCUGGUCUCAUGACCCAACUCGUCUCUCUGAUUCUCCUUGGGCAGGUCAAUCGACCAGCUAUCUACUGACGAUCGUUAUGAUUUUGACGUUACUGUACCAACUUGAUGGACUUGUCGGCGAUAGCUAUGUAAUAUGUGCCAAUACCCCCCAAAAGUUAUGUGAUUUAUUGUGAGGUUUCUCUACUUUUAUACGAAAGAAAAAAAUGCAAUCUGUAUUUCCUCUUCGUCUCUUUCCAUAAUCUAUCGGUGAUGGGAUCCAAAAAGUGUAUACCAAACAGAGUUUCCAAGCAAUCUCUGUCAAGAAUCAGUCUUAAACUUCUAGUUACUAUCUAGUCCUCGGAAUGGCGUUGGGAUCGACGACUUUUUCUUCCCCCCUCCUUACAGUGUACUUACUCUCCCAUAUCUAUAUAAUCACAAAAAAAUCUAACCACGAGAAGAAAAGGCCAGA